ACUUACGAGGUGACUCUGUGAUGAUGUUUGCUCCACAUUGUGCUCGUGCCAGAGGGAGAGGCAAGCUGAGUUGUCAUAUUCCUGAUAUAAAGCCCAAUACGUACACAGCUACGCAUGCCCGAUGACCUUUUUCCUCCCUGUGUGCCCCAGUUUCAUGCUGCCCCAGCGGGCACCAGCCUACCUGCACGUGACGUUGUGUAACGUGCUGUCGAUACCCGGUCUCGAGACCACGGGUGACCCACACCCGUUUGAAUGGACUGCGCAGCCGCAGAGACAUUGCGAAACGUCACUCAUGUGUUACGAGUAUAAAACUCGUCCCUCAGACCCUCCAACUGCUGCAAGCGACUGGCGAAAAGAGGAGUAAACAGAAAUGAAAGCUACCUGCGCUUGGUGAGACCUACAUUGUACGAUCGCCAAGUCAUCUGCUACUCGAAGCAAAGCAAACGGGGCAAGUUCGAGGUCGUCGUCGGCUGAUAACGACAGGUAACAGAUCGACAGAUGGAGCUGUUCCAGAAGUUUUCUUUCAAUGUGGACCUCAUAGAAGGAAGUAAAAAGCACGUGGCUUUCCUGAAGACCCUGGCUGACAAUGACGUCAUGCAAGCGGACUUACGUCAUGCUCUUUACCGUUACGAGAAAUACUGGCUCCCUCUGGCGGCCAGGUACCCGGACACCGAGCUGUCGGCGCCGCUGGACGUGGAGUGGAUCUGGCACUGCCACAUGCUAUGUCCGCUCCGUUACCAACAAGACUGCAUGAAGCUCGUUGGCACCCUCGUUGACCAUAAACUGUACAGCACGGCCGAACUACGAGUACACCAGGGAGUGGCUCAGUUGCUAUGGGAACAAAUAUAUUUCGGAGUACCCUUUGACCCUUUGCCUAUGAUGACAGUCCCAAAGGAUUUCCAGUCUAACCUCUCCUACGACGUGGUGUCGGCAGGGUCCAGACAGAAAAGCUUUCUGUACCAUGUCAGUCUCCCACAUUUCACGGACCGAAAGUUCCUGGAAGCCGCCGAAAACCGGUACCGGAAGUUCCUCUACCUCAAGCAGCAGAAUCCGGAGAUGUUCGUGGUCCCCACCUACGACAUUGAUCUCCUCUGGCACACACAUCAGCUGCACCCGGUCCGGUACAAGGAGGACACAGAGAGGAUUCUGGGAAGGACACUAGAUCACGACGACUCCGUCAGCGACAGGAGCCGAGGGUCCAAGCAAGCUGUGUCCGAGGCCAUGACCCGGGAAGCCUGGCAAAAAGAGUUUGGAGAGUCGUACGCCCUUUGCGGAGCGAUGUACCGCGGGGAGGCGCCUGAAGGUAAGUUGUACCAGGCGACACCAGAGGACACCCUAGCUCUCAGUGAAGCCAAAAUCAUCUGUUACUUGGAAAAGUUGGAGAUCAAAGAUGUCGCCUCCAAGAAGGUGCGGACUACUCUGCACGUCGGCACGAGGUAUGACAAUGUGGAGCGAAUAAAGAGUCACAUCCGGGGAACCUCGUGGAUAGGUAACCCUCCCUGUCAGUUCACCCUCAAGUCCGAAUCGCUCAGUUUCCUUCGGAUCCAGGUGGAGAAAAAGUUAGGGUGCUCGUGUAUUGGGGGCACAGAGUUGGUGGGGGAAGCUUACAUGAACCCUUUCUCUUCCCUGGACCUGCUGUCCAAGACCACAGUCAAGAAAGAAUUGUGUGCGGAUAUGGGCAGAGCUAAGGCCACAUUGUCGCUGUCCAUCACUCCAGCUUCAGAAUGUGAAGCCAAGCUGAUGCUGCAGGUCGGCCAGUUCACCAAGGCUGUGAUGCCCGUUGAAGUGGAUUCCAUGUGGGGCCCGGUUCCUCGAAACCAGCUCCCAGCUGGAGUUGUUAAUGAGUGCGAUGUAACAUCCCACAGCCUCGUCAACCGCGAGGGGUUGUUACGGAUGACCUGCCGCGUCAUCCACAGUCUUCCCAUGAUGCAGUCGGUUGUACAAGUCUUCCACAGAGACAAGAUGGCGGCUGUUGCCCACCUUAUCGGCACUGAGCAACUCCCACUUCCAAACCAGGUGAAGAGCCCUGUAAGCUGUCCUUACCUGAACCCAAAGACAGGUGAGCGAGCGGUGCUCAUCAAAAACAACGCCGGGGACUGGGGAGUGCUGGUUGGGCGAUGGAAAGGCUUCCGAAUCGGACAACCUGGGGGCAAAGGUCCAAGCGGAAGUCCAGGAACACUGAUAAUGAGGCUGUGGAGGUUUGGGCCGGGUGGUGGACGCUGGGAGAUGUUUGGGAUGAAGUACAACCUCAAAAGCUAUGCUGUGACCCUGGGUGACCUCAGAGCUAACCUGAAAAGCGGGGACAUCAUAAUACGGACGACCGUUGAUAAUGGGCAGGUGGCGGAGAAUGUUGCUCUGUUAUUCUCGGUGUCCCUGCUGCAUGUGUUGUGUGUACCCCGAUACAAUGGCUGGACACCCGGCAAGCCCUAUCCAACCAAUCCUCCCUCCCAAGGGAAAGCGUCGACCACAUCACAUCCCCUCCGAUGACAUGACAUGUAUUCUGGCGGCAGGUCUGCUGCUGGACACACCAUCCAACUAUUACAUUCAGACCACGUGCGGCUACGACAGGUGUUACGCCAUGUCCGGCGUUGAGUGCUCGUCCGACGUUCAAUGCAACGUGUGCGACGGACUGCCGGGUGCAUGGGACGACGGACCCGGCCACGACCACCCGGGGAAUGGGGGGGACCAUCACGGUGGGGACAGUGGCGAUGUUGGGGGGACGUACGAAACGGCUGAUGCGGGACAAGGAGGAGGGUGUGGAGGCUGCGGUGG